AUGUUCUCGCGCAAUGCAUUACUGGUGGACAUUGUUGGUGAGAGUAUCGGUCGAGUAUUGAAACUAGAUUCAAUUCAAGCUGGCCAAACAUGGAAAGGAAUAGAUGUAAUGAUAUUUGAUUCUUGGCAUUGGUGGAUUCACACAGGAAGAAAACAACCAUGGGAUUUGAUUCAAGUAGGGAAUCGUACAUAUAGAGAUAUGGAUCGAUUGGUUGCAUAUGAGAUAGCAUUGAAUACAUGGGCCAAAUGGGUUGAUUACAAUAUUGAUCCUACCCGAACAAGGGUGUUCUUCCAAGGAGUCUCUCCAGGUCAUCAAAAUCCAGCGCAAUGGGGUGAGCCAAGACCAAACUUAUGUGAAGGGAAAACUAGGCCAAUAUUGGGAUUCAGGUACCCAGGAGGACCACUCCCAGCAGAGUUGGUAUUGGAGAAAGUGCUAAGAGCCAUGCAAAAGCCUGUGUAUUUGCUGGACAUUACUACCCUAUCCCAACUAAGGAUAGAUGGCCACCCGUCUGUUUAUGGCUUUGGAGGGCAUUUGGACCCGGAUUGUAGCCACUGGUGCCUAGCUGGUGUUCCUGAUACUUGGAAUGAGCUUCUGUAUGCUAUUCUCGUUAAAAAUUAA